AGUAGAAAAAAGAACUUUAUGGUGGGUGUAAAUCCUGAACUUAAAGACAAGAUAUAUAAUACCGCUUUUUGGCCCAAGGGUGUUGCAUUUGGAAGGUUUAACUUUGGGUUGGGUAGAAAUUUUUUAGACAGGGGUCAUACAGGGUAACUAAUGUACACUGCGACCACCAAACACCCUCCACAUGGGAAACUGAUUCUGGCAGCCAGGGCUCUGAGAGUCAUUAAAAGAAACCAGACAUUUUUUGUGUCUCAGAGCAUUGGCUGCAGCGAAAUGAUAUAAACUCUGUAGUUUUAGACAAUUAU